ACAGACUGUGAGAACGAAAAGCGGCUUCAGUGCGCCCGAGAGCAGCGCAAGGUCAAGAACAUACAACCUCUUUCGGAAACAGUCGAUCGCCUGGCUUUAACUGUGAUGUGACUGUCACAGAAAAAAAUAAAUAAAAAUAAAUUUACACUAGAAUAUAAUAAUAUAAAUAUAAUCUGUGGCGAAUUUAAGAGCAAAACACCAGUGGGAUCGCACGUGCGUUCCAAAUUUAAACGCUGUGCACGUCGAGAGUUUUCCCGCGUAAACAUUGUGUUCGUAAAAGUGAGAAGACAAUUUUCAUGAAAAAUAUUUGUUUUGUACAAAGAUUUUGCAAUUUGUCAAGUUGGGGACAAUUACAGGAAAUCGUUCAGAGAGGGUUGUAGCGGCGCGCUACGGGGAGCGACGCGCGCGCACCAUGCUCGCGAGCAUCAAGGGCUUUUGGAAAGUGUGCCGCUAUGGAGAUCUUUACAUGGUGCUCGCAGCUCUCGCAGCGCAGUCUAUCAAUAUAUCGGUUGGCUUCUGCCAGGGCUUCUCCGCUGUUCUGCUACCCCAGUACACGCACGAAUAUCCUUCAAUCUCUUAUGACGAGAGCUCAUGGAUUGCCAGUUUGGGUGUGAUAUCGAACCCCAUCGGCGCCUUACUGGGCGGGAUGAUGGUGGACGCGGUGGGCCGUCGGAUGCUCCUGCAGUCCAUCGUGAUACCGAACCUGAUAGGAUGGCUGGUCAUCGCCUUCUCGGAGACAUACGUCUUUUUAUGCGUCGGGCGAUUUAUAACAGGUUUCACUAUCGGUAUGUCAACCGCCUCGUACAUAUACGUAGCGGAAAUCACAACCCCGGAAAAGAGGGGGGUUCUGAGCGCCGUGGGCCCCGGGCUGGUGUCGACGGGGAUAUUCGUGGUGUACUCGCUGGGCGCCUUCGUGCACUGGCGGCGCGUGGCGGCCGUCUGCGCCGCCGUGUCGCUGCUGACGCCGUCCCUCAUGUACUUCGUGCCCGAGUCGCCGCUGUGGCUCGCCUCCAAGGGGCGGAUGAAGGAGGCGUACAGCGCCAUGUUCUGGCUGCGGCAGAACAACAGCACGGCGCAGCAGGAGCUCAUGGAGUUCACGAAGGAUCGCAAGUCGGCCGAGUCGAUGACGUUCCGCCAGAAGCUCGGCCUGUUCAGGCGCCGCAGCGUGCUCAAGCCGUUCUGCCUGCUGAUCGUGUUCUUCGCGUUCCAAGAGAUGUCCGGUAUCUACGUGAUCCUGUACUACGCGGUGGACUUCUUCAAGUCGGUGGGCACGAGCGUCAACGAGUUCACGGCGUCCAUCAUCGUGGGCGGCGUGCGCGUGGUGAUGGGCGCGGUGGGCGCGGCUCUCAUCAGCAGCUUCCGGCGCAAGACGCUGGGCUGGGCGUCGGGGCUGCUGCUGGGCGCCGCCAUGCUGGGCGCCGCCGUGUGCGACUCGCUGGACGGGCCGCCGCUCGUCAAGCUGGCCUGCGUGCUGCUGCACGUCUGCUUCAGUAUGGUGGGCUUUCUGCAGCUGCCGUGGAUCAUGUCCGGCGAGCUGUACCCGCAGGACAUCCGCGGCGUCAUGUCCGGCGCCACGUCCUGCUGCGCCUACGUGCUGAUCUUCUUCAACAUCAAGACCUACCCGCAGCUGGAGAAACUGCUGACGAGCAACGGCACGCUGUACCUGUUCGCGAUCUGCGCGCUGCUGGGGGCGGCGUACUGCUACCUAUUCCUCCCGGAGACCAAGGGGAAGACGCUCGCGGAGAUCAUGAGGCAGUUCGACGAGGAGAAGAAGGAGGUCGACCCCGAGAUCGGUUACUGCAAGCGAGCAGACGAGCUUCCGCAGAGGAGACAUAGCGCCGGAGCGGCCGUCUCGCUGGAGAAGGGAAGGGAGGCGCGCAAGGGGGAGACCGGCGACCGGAAGUAGGGUUAGAGAUCUGAGUUGGGUCUGAGCGUCUGGUUCGUCAGCACUCGUGUCCGCAAUGCGGCCACUGCGAGUGGGAGGAUAGCUCGAAUGUAUUCGAGUGAAUGAUAUCGUCCUGUCGUGAUUGUUCUAAUUCAAAAGGGUAGUUUUUGCUAUCUUAAGCGAGAUAAUAUAUAAAUUAUUUAUAUUUCGUGUGAUCAGUAUUAUAAGCGUUGACUAUUUAUUAGUAAUAAAUAAGUGAUACAUUCCAUUGUGAUAGAUUUAGCUCGUAUACAUGGUGAUGUUUCUAAACUUAAGUAUUAAAAUAUGAUUUACCUUUCUUUACAAGAUACCAUUGAAUGUGCUUCGCAGUUUUGCAGUUAUUUAUAUUUAAUAAUAUUUAUUUACUCGAUAAAUAUGUCCAUUUCACAAUAAUUAUUUGAAAAUUAUAUUUUUAAGGUUUUGUUAUAUUUGUUACUUUAGUAGGUAUAUUGAAAUGCAUUUUGUGUAAUAUACUAAAAUAUGGCUCACAUUUAGAUAAUUAUAUAUAAUUAAAUACUUUUUAUACAAGAAGUAUGACCUCAGUACCUACACGUUCAUAUAUACAAUAUACAAUCUACAAUAAUAGAAAUAUUUAUCUUAUAGUUGUCUUCGAAUUCUGUGAUGUAGUACAAAUAUGACUGUUUUGUGUGAGAAAUAAAGCGUUGUUUUUACAAGA